GAAUAAUAAAACAUUGAACCAAAUCAUGGUUGAGGAGUUUUCUAUUCUUAGGAAUCUUCGGUAUAGGUUGACUUUAACGCGCUGUGAAAAUAUAUUUAAACGUUGUGGGAAAAUAAGAGUUGCAUUGCACUGUACUGACAGGAAGAAAGCUCAUGACUGUUUUUGCUACGGAAAAUGGAGAAUCUUGUAUCAAAUUGCCGCGAUUCUAAUAUUAAAAGCGAAUGUAGUUAUUCGUUAUCAUAUGUUUACAACAUGGAUACCGGUUUAGUGGAAGCGCUGCCAGCAACCGCCAUCGAAAGUAGCAUGGUUGACGAAUUCGGCAGCAGUUCUGUUGCAGCUUCGCGGGAGCGGCCCGGAGGCGAGUCGGUCCUCCCCGUUAGAAAUGGGCACGGGGAAUUGACCAAAGGCAUCAAAGGAGGUGGGGAUGGACUCGAGUCGGGUCAGCUUGACAAUUCUCAAGAACUCCACCACCAGGGGAGAGCUAAUUCCCAGUCUGAAAUUUCACAGAAUGGAAACUGUUUGUUUGUUAAUUCUGCGCAGACGACGCACCCGAUCAAUUUGUGCGUAUCGAUAGCCGAUAACGAUCACGAGCUGAGGGCUGUUGGAGAUGGAGGCAGAUGCGACUUGAACGGAAACGAAUUGUUGGAGAAGAUCGUGAAAACUACAAUAGGGGACAUUUCUUACUCUCAUAUGUGGAAACAUCAAGAAUAUCAAUCAUUGUCGGUUGAAUACGAUAGGAUCGAAAAGGUGAACGAGCUCGUCGACGAAUCCCAAUUAUCUGAGCGACCUACUUACGGCGACAUCCUUGCCGCCACUGACAUACUUCAUUACGAACAGCGAGAACAUGAAGUCAAUAUGAUUUCGAUUGUAGAUGCGCACAAAUGCAUCAGCUCGAGCAUGGCACCAGCUACCAGAUUUAUGAAUAGUUCGACUUCGGAUGCGUCGAUGACGAAUUAUACUUUUUCUUCGACGAACCUCGUCGUCCUCGAUAUUCCCCGGAGAGCAGAGCAAUGCCCAGAAAAUGGAGAGGUCAUUUACGUACAGGACGAUGAAGCGUCAGAUGAAUCUCAGGCAAACAUUUGUCGACAAUCGCUAAAGAUUGAUGAGAAGUUCGUUCACGAAUCUGAGAAAAGCCGAUUGCUCAUCCCGCAUCAUCUUCCAGCGGAGCCGGAGAACGAGAUUGUAAUGAUAGACGAUGGGGAAGAUUCGGCAGAGUCGAGGGUUGACAAACCUUGCGUGGUGAUUUUCGAGAAUUCAUUAUCGGAAAGGACCGCCAUCCCUAGACUGGACAUACCUCACGAAAAUCGUGAUUUGAAGAUUAUCCGCGAAGCUGACGAUAAAAAAGAUGAAUUUCCAGUGCCGCCAAGUAUAAGCCGUCAGCUUGGAAUGUUUGGAACAACAGAUCAUGAUGAUGUCAGUGAACAAGAUCAUGAUCAUUAUGAGAAUGAACAAAAUGACGAUGACCGUCCAGCUGAAAGCAACAAUGAUUUUCACAAUGUUUUGACUUUACAAUCGUCACCAUCAACAGCAACAGAUUGUAACCAUGGUAACUGUCGCAUAGAAGGACCAUUAAUACAUCAUCAGCGUGUCGAUGACACAGCGACUGCAAUGAAGUCGACUGCAUAUUCGACUUGGUUGUCGAGAUCUUUCGGUGAAUAUGACCACGACUCCACCAGCCGAGAUGUUGAGCCGGCAGGUAACAUUUUGCCAGCGGUCGCCGUGCCGUCUACGCAGCCCAUCAGACCGGUCGCCCUAAGCGUUUCACACCCAGCCCCUCAUCAGCUGAUAGCUUGCGGGAUGACAGGUUUCUCUUCAGCCGUACCUCCCCCGGUCCAUCCUCAUCCAAUGCUACCCAUUCCUUUACCACCACUCGCUGUUUUCACUCAUCCCAUUCAUAUGUUACCGUCCACCUUCCCUUGGCAUAUCCAUAGCCAUGUUUCUGGACCAAUACCCGAACGAACACCCGGACGACACCCGACAAACUGUUCUCACUUAAUGCAUUCAACAACGAACACGACUACUGCGUUGAAUUCGACAGCAAGACUCGCCGCGAGCUACCCGCUCCUGAAGCGCGGCCGACGGCCUCGUCGCCCGCUGCUAACCGACAUCAUCCCAGCUACACCCCAAGAAACGAAUCACGGAACGUCGCCGCCUUUUACGAAACGAACUGAAGCAAAUGCAAGAGAGAGGGAUCGCGUCACCCAUCUCAACGGCGGGUUCGAGCAGCUUCGAAGAGUUUUACCGUGGGCGUAUCGUGGUGGUCGUCGAGUGAGCAAAGUCGACACGCUUCGAGCGGCGAUCUCGUACAUCCGAUUCUUACAGAGUAUGCUGGUGGGAGUAGAGUUGUCGCCCACGGAGACGUUACGGCUACGAAAUGGAAUAGUUCUUGAGAACACCAUAAGGAUCGUUCAGAGUGUUCAGAAAGCCCCCUACCCUGUCCUACCACCGGGGUAUCGCUUUGUCAACCCACCACCAAUACCACCACUACAACCACUACCACCACCGCCACCACCAUCAUCACAUCCAACGCCAGCACAUCACACAUCCACAGGGCCCCGCCCUUCUCUUCCACCACUACCAGCAACAGGGGAGUGUCAUGCUCUACCAGUACCAGUAGCACCAGGACCGCGCCCUUCAUUACUACUACCAACCACGGUACCACACCCCAUUCUUCCCCCACCACCACCACCGCCACCAUCGGGACCACACCCCUGUCUACCGGUGCACCAUAUACCUUUCCCAGUGUUACACCCACAGCCUCGGGCCGAUCUACCUCCCGUCUUGCAAAUGCGAUCUGGGUACGAUGGACAUCCUGUACAAACGGUGAGCAACAAAAGAAACAUCAGCAUCAGCCACAACAAUGAAAAGAGGAGCAAUAACAACAACUGCAGCAACAGGAACAGCAACAACAACGACAAAACACCAGCUGCAGCAACGUCAAAAGAAGCAACAAUAACGACAUGA